AAUCUCCCACCUCAGCUCUGAAAAAGGUUUAGAUAUAAAUGAGGCGCUUUCCUACCUUUCCAAGGAUGGGUUAUUAAUUCAUUUGUAUUUUGCCUUGUGACCGCGUUCAUCAGCGCCAGUGUGACGUUUCUAAUAAAAAUUUCAGAGUGGUUUGCUUAUUUCCAGUUGGUGGGCGAAAAUUAGUAGAAUAUUGAAUUAUUUUGCUGAUUUUGUUUUAAUCUUAUCAAACAUACAUUGUAAUGAAUGUUGAUGAAUGCUGAACUACAACGACUGCUUUGAAAAAUGGUUGAACCUGAAGGUGCAGAAGUAAGUUCCACGCAGAAGUCUUUAUCGUCCUCUCACGAUCCUGGAUGGAACGAUCCGCCAAAAUGGGCUUUCACUCCACCGCAAACUUCGUGUGCAACACCUACAAAGCGUGUAUUGAACAAACGAGUAGCUUUUCCAUUAAACUCAGCAACCACUGCCUCGAAUUCUCAAAGUCAAUCUCCAAUGUCUCUUCCACCGAAUCUCCCGCCUCCUGCAUCUUUCAAAAGCGAAUCAGAAAGUCCUGGGAUUGUUUUCAGUAGAGUAGGACCAGAAGAUUCUCAUUCUGAUUCAUAUAUUGAUAAAGAAAAAUCAUUGAGUGAAGCCUUAUUAAACUUAGAGACUGUAAUAGAAAAACACAUAGAUUCAAAAUCGAAAGCCCAAGAAGUCCAAAAGAGAAUAGAGACUAUGAAAAGUUUAUGGCUGGAGGACAAACUGGAUAGUUGCAUUCAUAGAAAAGUUUUGGACAUCUCGAAAGCUUUGAAAGAAGAAGAUGCUGAAAAGGCAGACAAGAUUCAUAUUUCCUUGAUGUUGGAGCGAGCAGCACUUUGCAGUUCCUGGAUUCCUGGUAUAAGACACUUGAUCUUAGAAAUGAAGUGUAAAUUUACUAGUGGCGAAACUACAAUUGAAUCGGGCCCGAGUUUAAUAUCUCUCUCUUUAGAAGAUACUCAAUAAUGAUUUUUACGAGGGGCGAUUCACUCUCGAGUAAACUUUGAAAAAUUUGAAUAUUUUGGAUGAUUUUAAAUUAUUCUUUAUUCUUAGGUAAGUUAUUAGAGUAUUCACAUCAUAAAUACCUUAAAUAGAUUAAAUUUACAAAAGAUUUCGACUCGCUUCUUACUGCUAGCUGUUUUGUGAAUUUAAAGUAAAUGAUAUUUUUAAAUUGUGACCUUUUUUAUAUUUUCUUAAUGUCUUGUUACUUUACUUAUUUGAAUAUAUUUCCAGAUAUUUCAAAUUCUUAUCCAAAGUUAAAUAUUGAUAUUCGAGAGUGAAUCGCCCGCGGAUUUUUAGCGAUCCUUGAGAAUUUGCUUUAUUUUAAUUAUGCAAUACUAUCUAAUAUUGUACUCUUAACGAGGAUAAAUAUUUAUUACGUCCCUAUUUAAUACACUGA